AUGGAAAGAUCAAAACUGUCGGUACUUUUCAAAGGCAAAAAUAGUCUGGAUCAAGAAGACAGGAACGCAGCGAAUAAGUGUUACGGUUUUUUGGAAAGCUUCUUAGAUGGGAGGGAAUGGGUGGCCGGGGAAAAUCUUAGUAUCGCCGAUUAUAGUUUAUUGGCGUCAAUUUCGACUCUCAAUUUGUUAAUUUCGGUUGAUGAGGAGAUGUUUCCGAGGGUGAUCGCUUGGUUGAAGAAGUGCGAAGAGCUGCCAGAGUGUGAAGACAACAAAAAGGGGCUUCAAGAAAUGUCGCUUUUGGUUCAAACUAAGCUGAAAGUUGUCACAGAGUCUAUGGUCAAUCAUAUCUGA